UCAAAUAAAUGUGUUUUUUGUUAGAUGUAUACAAUAAGGAUAAACAACAACAAGAAAAAUAAACAAAAUGGGAACGCAUAAUGGCAUGUUUUUUUAAUUUUAGUACAAAAACGUGUAUUGUGUAUAGCUUUUCCGAACAAUUAAUUUGUUUUAAAGUAAUUGACAUUGGUUGUAAUGCACCGUUAAAAAUGCAAACAUAUGCAAUGAAAUACAUUAUUUCGUAAGUAUCUUUCUAUUACAUUUAGUUUUACGUUAGUUUUUCAUUUUCUUACACAGCUCGUAUUCUGAACAAAAGGUAUUAUCUUGUGACUCCGUUUUCUUUGGAUAAAGGGGUGGUCUGUUUUCCCUGGGGUUUGUCUUUCAGGCAGCAAGCUCUACCAAUCAAAGUUCAGGUAUAGUUUGGUUCAGGACCUAAUUGGGCAUUUGAGCUAUCAAUCUUACCAAGAGAGGCGGGUUUUGAGCAUUGGAAGACAAGACUGAGGGCAAACGGCUAAACAAAGGGUCCAAAUCGCCGUCAUUUCCUUUAGCCGUCUACAGAAAUGCCUGCUUAAAGAAGUACGAAACAGCGGGCCACGUUUUGAGGAAGCUGUUUUGUUAGUCUUUAGUCGCCGCCUGGGUCGAGGUAACAUUUCCAAACCCGCGAUUUACUUUAUUAACCGCUAACGUCAGGAAAGCCGUCGUAACAGAGAAACCGUUUCCUCGGUUGAACCAGCUCGUUCUUGUGACCCGCCAAAAACCACAGAAGUUCAGCAAGGAAGUAACCAUUUUGUGAUUUGGCCGUUUUCGGUAACGUUAUACAUAAGUUGUCCUCCUGCGAACGAAAAUGAGUGGCGGUUUCAACUUCGGGAAAGCCUCCACCGGCUUCUCCUUCGGAGCGCAGAAGCCAGCAGUUGCAGCCCCCAGCACGGGCUUCGGGAUGACUAGCGCCAUGCCUGCUGCCACUGGAGGGGGCUUCGCGUUUGGCACUCCCACCCAGGCCGCCCCUAACCCUACCGGCUCUUUCAGCUUUGGUACACCGGCAAAGAGCACAGCAGCCGGGGGAGGCUUCUCUUUUGGGACCCCCACCGCCCCAUUUGGCAUGGUCACUCCUCAACCCGCAGCAGCACCACCUCAAGGGCUGACUUUAGGCACCGCAGUAGCUCCAGCACCGGGGUCAGGGUUCACCAUGGCCACGGGUUUGUCGGCACAGACCGCCGCUCCAGCAGGAGGAGGCUUUGCCUUCGGUACUCCUUCUCAAGCUCUACCCCAACCCGCAGUUCAACUCCAACCUGCAGCACCACCAACAGCAGCCACAGUAAUGGCAACUACAGGAGCAGGCGUCCCCUCAUUUGGAGGGUUCGGCUUUGGAUCAACCAAGGUCCAGGCGACCACAGCAGCCCCUGUUGCGGCCCCUAUUGCUGCUCCGGGAGGGGGCUUCAGCUUCGGCAACAGUACUCCAUCCAACCUCAACAUGGGCAUUCAGCCCCAGACAGCACUCACGGCUGCAGUCACAAGUCAGGGUGGAGGAUUUCCCUUUGGGAUUAAACCUUCAUCAACCCCAGCUCCCCCUGCAUCAAUCCAGGCAGUCCAGGCUCCAGGCCCGUCUCUCUUUGCUUCACCCAUCUCUACAGCUGCUGCUGCUGCUGCCGCCGCCGCCACUGCUGCUGCUGCUACUGUCACUGCCGCUGCAACAGGUACAUGCUUUAGUUUGGGUGUAGCUCCAACUUUAGCAGCAAGCACUGCUGCUGCAACCACAACAGCAGCAGGUGGAGGUCUGGCCUUUAUGCUCAAACCUCUGGGGGCAGCUACCAUCACCUCUGCCCCUGCCCCUGCUGCCACUGUUGCAGCUGCAAUAACAGGUGCUCCGACAGCCUUUACACUGGGACUCAAACCUUUAACUGGCAUAAGUAUCCCAACAACUUCUACAGUGACGACACUCUCUACAACCACUGCUCCUCCAGUGAUGACCUACGCCCAGCUCGAGGGUCUUAUUAACAAGUGGAGUCUUGAGCUUGAGGACCAAGAGAGACAUUUCUUACAGCAGGCUACUCAGGUAAAUGCCUGGGACCGCAUGCUGGUGGAGAACGGAGAGAAGAUCACAGCCCUGCAUAAAGAGAUGGAGAAGGUGAAGCUGGACCAGAGGAGGCUAAACCAGGAGCUGGAUUUCAUCCUCUCCCAACAGAAAGAGCUGGAGGACUUACUCUGCCCGCUCGAGGAGUCGGUGAAAGACCAGAGUGGAACCAUCUACAUGCAGAAUGCUGACGAGGAACGUGAAAGAACAUACAAGCUUGCCGAGAACGUUGACGCACAGCUGAAGAGGAUGUCGCAGGAUCUGAAGGAGAUCAUCGAGCACCUGAACACGUCCAGCGGCCCAGCAGAUACCAGUGACCCGCUUCAGCAGAUCUGUAAAAUUCUCAACACCCACAUGGAUUCACUUCAGUGGAUCGAUCAAAACUCUGUUCUUCUGCAGAGGAGAGUGGAAGAAGUGUCUAAAUUGUGUGACAACCAGCGCAAGGAUCAGGAGAAGACCUUUCGUCUAACAUUUGACUGAUGUGGAAUAAAUAUAUUGAUAUUUUGAAUGCAAAAACAAAAAGUAACAAUUCCUGUUAACUUGCUUUUUCUGUCAGCUGAGUUGUUUGGCUGCAUAUAGAUCAAUAUUUCCAUUGCAAUAGCUUUUUAUAUAGAGUAGUGAAGCAACUGAUCUGUUCUCAUGUAAAUGCUAUGGUUGUUCUAAGUGGUAUGAUUAAAUAAAUCAACGAAUGAAGUAA